UUCAACCUUCCCCCGCCACCAAACAAUCGCGUUCCCAUCUCUCUCCAUCUCUUCCUGAGAUGGACUUUUGCGUAGAAGUGUGUCUUUGACUAACAUGGCAAGGUCAUGUAGCUCAGCUCCCCCUCUCUCCUUCCCCCAUUCAGUUCGCCUGGCCAUUUCCCCACCAUUUCCGGGACCUCCCCAACCAUCGCCCUCCUCUCCCCUCCCCUUCCCCUCCUGAUCCAUGGCGAUGCCGCCGCCGCCCCCCGCCGCCGCCGCCCGCCCCGCCUUCCUGGCCGCGGCGCUCGUCACGCUGGCGGUGGCCCUGGCAUCGAUGCCGCGGGGCUGCCGCGGGUUCGCGACGUUCGGGUUCGACGUGCACCACCGGUUCUCGGACCCCGUGAAGGGAGUGCUGGAGGUGGACCGGCUGCCCGAGAAGGGGAGCGUGGAGUACUACAGGGUCAUGGCGAUGCGGGACCGUGCCGUCCACGGCCGUCGGCUCGCGUCGUCGUCGUCGUCCGGUAAUCAGACGGUUCUGACUUUCUCCGGCGGCAACGAGACGUUUCUGUCACCUACUCUUGGAUAUUUGCACUACGCCAAUGUUUCUGUCGGGACCCCGAGUUUAUCCUAUUUGGUGGCUCUAGACACCGGCAGCGAUCUGUUCUGGUUACCUUGUGACUGCAAAAGUUGCAUACGGAGCCUAAAGACAUCAUCUGGACAGACAAUACAAUUCAACAUUUACAGCCCUAAUGCAUCAUCAACAAGUACAGAAGUACCCUGCAACAGUACAAUAUGCGGACAACAGUCGCAAUGCUCUUCGGCACUUAGCAGUUGUGACUAUCAGGUUAAUUAUCUUUCUAAUGGUACCUCGACUACUGGGAUUUUGGUGGAAGAUGUGUUGCAUUUGACGACAGACGAGGAUCAUUCAAAGGCUGUCGAUGCUAAAAUCACAUUUGGUUGUGGUCAGAUUCAAACUGGUUCUUUCUUAAAUGGUGCUGCGCCAAAUGGUCUCUUUGGGCUGGGCAUGAGUAACAUAUCUGUUCCUAGCAUCUUGGCUGAAGAAGGGCUCACUUCAAAUUCAUUUUCAAUGUGCUUUGGACCUGAUGGAAUUGGAAGAAUUAGUUUUGGAGACAAAGGCAGCUCAGACCAAGGAGAGACACCAUUCAACCUUAGGCAAUCACAUCCAACUUACAACAUUACCCUUACUCAAAUAAAUGUGGGAGGAACUGCUCAAGAUGCCGAAUUUAGUGCAAUUUUUGACUCUGGUACCUCAUUCACAUAUUUGAACGACCCAGCUUACUCGUUCAUUGGGGAGACUGUAAGUUCUUUACUUCUCUAUUUCAGACUACCACAUGGACAUACCUACCUCUCUAUAGCAUGUUUACAGAGUACAUGUUUUGCGCAGUUCAAUUCCUUGGCCAAAGAAAAGCGACAUUCUUCAGACUCCAGUAUUCCAUUUGAAUACUGUUAUGAUUUGAGCCCAAACCAGAGUAGCUUUGAAACUGCAACAUUGAAUAUGACCAUGAAAGGUGGAGAUCAGUUUUAUGUCACCAAUCCCAUAGAAAUAGUAUCUGUUGAGGACUCCUACGUAUAUUGUCUUGCUCUAGUCAAAAGUGGAGAUGUAAAUAUAAUCGGACAGAACUUCAUGACAGGUUAUCGCAUAGUUUUUGAUCGAGAGAGAAUGGUGCUUGGCUGGAAGUCAUCCAACUGUUAUAAUGCAACAGAUUCCAGCAUAUUACCAACCAGCCCAACAAAUUCUAGCUCAGCCCCUCCUGCUGUCGCUGUCAAUCCACAGGAUACUUCAGGCAGUGGGAAUAAUACCGUAGCAGGCAGUCCGUCCUCUAUGUCAAACCGUUCUCGACAUCUGAUUCCUUUUAUCUAUACAUUCAUGAUAAUUCUUUUCCCAAUUUUGGCUAUUGUUUGAUCCUUUUUCCCCAUUUCGAUUACUUCUCAUCCCUUGUAUCAUGUAUAUUGAUAUUAGGCAUUUGUUUAGGCGAUGCGUCAUUAUUGAGAGAUACAUAUUCGCUCCCUAUUGGGUUCAUUGGCAUACUUAUGAGGAACAUGUCACUGUAAAUAUUUCUUGAUUGCUGAUUAUACGACUUCGAUUUUUUAUGUUCA